AUGAGUGAAACUUGGCUGACGCUAUUGCUCACGACAUGGCUUUUGGUCGAAUGCCAGGGCAACUCGUUGGAUGAAUUUGCUCGGGCGGCGACGACGAGGAGUCACGAAGCCGGCAAAGUCAACAAUGUCACGCUGACUACGCCGGGACUCGACGCUCGGGGAUUGGAGGACCUCGACCGGGACUUGGACCAGGACCCACUGACACCACAUGCGGCCCCAUCGUCGCAGCGGAAACUCUCGAGAGGCAAGCGUUUUGUGGCAUUUCCCCAGGGUUCAUCAGCUUCGGGUGCUGUCUGUCUGACCACCGGUGUAAUCGGCAACCCCAACCUGCUGUAUCUCAGCUUGGGCAUCAAUUGGGGCGUUGCCUACGACCUGCCCAACAUCACCUGGGUUCUGCAGAAUGCCCACGGGUGGACCACAAAGAAGUCGGCCAAGGCGCAAAUCAAGCGCAGACAUCGACGUGAGCUCUACGCUCGUUUGGAGACAAUGAUAGACAGCCAUGAUUUAUGGUCGCCGCCAACAUUGAUGACUAUGAUGGAACGUGCAGAGGACUCCACUCCAUCCUCAUCCGCCUCCGCAUCUCUGGUUUCAUCCUCGCAGCUGUUGCACCAUCGGUGGCAGAAAGUCCUCAGUCGACCGAAGCGUUAUCUCAGCUUUCCCGAGGGUUCCUCUUUGUCCGUGGCCGUCUGCUUCACCGUGGGCAUCAUCGGGAAUCCGUAUUACGGCUACAACAGCUUUGGCCUGAAUUGGGGAGUGGCCUACGACCUGCCAAAUACCUCGUGGGUCCUUCAGAGCUUGCACGGCUUCUCCACACAUCCCGUGGCUCCGGCUGUCCUGCGUCGCAGGUCCAGGAGCGCCAUCUUCCAAAAGAUUGAGAGCGUUGUGGAUAAUAUGGGCUACAAUGGACGCGAUUGCAUCUUGAGAACGCUUUGCGAAAGUCGUCAAUACUUCCAGCGCACCAAGAUGAGCAUGGUUGGCGAAAUGCUGCGCACUAUAUUCAGCCUGCCUAAGCAGAGAAUUUUCACCCGGGAACUGCACGAGAACUCGGAUAUAGUCCACUAUGACAAGGCUUAUAGGAAUGGCCACACGGACGACUGCACCCAGUACCACUGUCACUUUUCCCUGCUGGAACUGGCCUUUGGCAAAUACACGACCCCGCCGAAAAAUUAUUACACCUAA